AUGAUAAAUACAAAAGAGUCGUCCACCGGCCACCGGCCGUGGGGACGAAAUGCGGAGUUUAAAUUAAAUGCAGCGAAUUUCAAACAGGAUUGUGACACGAAUCUCUUACAGUCUAAAUACAAACGCCGUCCCUCGGCGCUUCCGGCGACCGGACGGCGACCGGACGGCGACCGAGCGGCGACCACCGGCGCCCACUCUGAACGAACGGUGUUAAGUAUUGAGCCGUUCACUUGUUACUGGCGG